AGGUGAUCGCGUGUCUGCACCGUCGCACCGUGGAUACCUGAGAGAAAAUCCCUCCGUGGCCGUUCCUCGAGGAAACUUUGUGAGUGGGACGCGGUGGAGGAUGAAGCCGGCGCACCUUUCGGCGCUUCCGUGCGGACGCAGAGCUCAGUGACUUGCUCCCUUUACACGUGUUAUUAAAAAAAAUAUAAUUUAUGAGUUGUGUGGAUGGAUUUGUGAGCUGGAGAAGAAUGUGUAUCCGGACUGUGGAGUCCUGUUCGGGCUGGAGGGGAGAGCAGCGGAUGUGCCAAUCUCUUCCUGGGACCACAGGUGUUCCCUGUAAACAGUGACCAAAUCCCAAAAUGCCGAGCUGUGGAUAGAGAGGCUGCCCUGUGGGUGGAGCUGACCUGUGUCUACCUCCCUGCACCUCCUCUCCUCUCCUCUCCUCUCAUCAUUUCCUAGUUCCUCCACCUCCCCUUCUCCCUCCUCUCCAGCCCUCCAUCCUCCCCUUUACUCUCUUCUCUCCCUGUCUCGAUCCCACCACCUCCUCCUCUUCCUCCCCCCGCAGCACACAUGCAGGCCAAGAAGCGGUACCUGCUCGUGUCUGUGGGGGCUGGUCUUCUCUUCCUCGUCUACCUGUGGGCUCUGCAAAUCGGGGACUUCCAGCAGCACCCGUACCAAUAUCACCAGUUUCCCCAGUACCCUGAAUACCACCAGUACCACCAGCAGGAGUACCAGUACUACCACCACCAGAGCCAGGAGGUGUACCAGCCCCAGCCUUUGCCCCAGAGAAGCCCCUCCAGACCGCCGAGGCACUGGCCCGAGUCCACCCAGCUGCUGGAGCCGUACCUGGAGGGAGGAGAGCAAGAGGAGGACAGCCCUCAGCUCCAUCACCAGCACACCUCGCCUCGGGAACGACGUGCGAUCCGCGACAACAUCUACAAGAACAAGCGCUGCCGCAUGGAAACCUGCUUCGACUUCGCUCGCUGCCAGUCGGGCUUCAGGGUUUACAUCUACCCUCCGCAGAGAGGGGACGAGGUCUCCGAGACCUACCAGAAGAUCCUGUCGUCCAUCGAGGAGUCUCGCUUCCACACCAAAGACCCGUCGCGGGCCUGUCUCUUCGUCCUGGCCUUGGACACGUUGGACAGGGACCAGCUUUCGGCUCAGUACGUCCAGAACGUCCGGCUCCGCAUCCAGAGCCUGCCGACGUGGAACGAUGGCAGAAACCACCUCAUAUUCAACCUCUACUCCGGCACCUGGCCGGACUACACCGAGGACCUGGGCUUCGAGGUGGGCCAGGCCAUGUUGGCCAAGGCCAGCGCUGAUGUGGUCAACUUCAGACCCAACUUUGAUAUCUCCAUCCCUCUGUUCUCCAAGGAGCACCCGCUGAAAGGAGGCGGCAUGGGUUACCUGACGCUCAACGACGCACCGCCGUCCAGGAAGUACCUGCUGGUUUUCAAAGGGAAGCGGUACCUGACGGGUAUCGGCUCCGAGACGAGGAAUGCUCUCUAUCACAUCCACAACGGGGAAGAUAUUAUUCUGCUGACUACAUGUAAACACGGCAAGGACUGGGAGAAACACAAGGACUCUCGCUGUGACCGGGACAACGAAGAAUACUCAAAGUUCGACUACCAGGAGCUGCUCCACAACUCCAGUUUCUGCCUGGUGCCCCGGGGCCGACGUCUUGGAUCUUUCCGCUUCCUGGAGGCCCUGCAGGCGGCUUGUAUCCCUGUUAUCCUGAGUAACGGCUGGGAGCUUCCCUUCUCUGAGGUCAUCGACUGGAGGAAAGCCGCCAUCAUCGGGGACGAGAGACUUCUGCUGCAGGUUCCCUCCAUUACCCGGUCUGUGGGCCGUGACAGGAUCCUGGCUCUCCGCCAGCAGACUCAGUUCCUCUGGGACGCCUACUUUUCUUCUGUAACCAAAAUCGUCUUAACAACUCUGGAGAUCAUCCAGGACCGUGUGGACUCCCAUGUGUCCAGAAGCCGCUUGCUGUGGAAUUCCCUCCCUGGUGGUCUCUAUGCACUCCCCCAGUACUCCACUGACCCCGCCCAGUUCCCUUUUUACUAUGCCAUACUGGGUAAGAGCCCGUCGCAGCAGUUCACAGCUGUGAUCCACUCGGUGACUCCUCUGCAGGCCCAGAUCUCCCCCGUGGUGAAGCUCAUCAUCGCUGUAGCCAAGUCCAAGUUCUGUGCACAGAUUCUGGUUUUAUGGAACUGCGACAAGCCUUUACCUCCCAGGAACAAGUGGCCCUCCACCAGCGUGCCUCUCACUGUCAUCGAAGGACAGACCAAGACCAUGAGCAGUCGUUUUGUCCCCCACGACAUCGUCCUCACUGACGCCGUCCUCAGUCUGGAUGAAGACUCGGUUCUCUCGACAAACGAGGUGGAUUUUGCCUUUAUUGUAUGGCAAAGCUUUCCGGAGCGUAUCGUUGGUUAUCCAGCAAGGAGCCACUACUGGGACAGCUCCAGAUCCCGCUGGGGCUACACCUCUAAAUGGACCAAUGACUACUCUAUGGUCCUGACGGGGGCAGCUUUCUACCACAGAUACUAUCACUACCUGUUCACCCACUACGUCCCUGCCAGCCUGCUGACCAUGGUGGACCGUAUGGCUAAUUGUGAAGACAUCCUGAUGAACUUUCUGGUGUCGGCCGUUACCAAGCAACCGCCAAUCAAAGUCACACAGAAGAAGCAGUACAAGGAAACCAUGAUGAGUCAGGGCUCCAAGUCGUCUCGGUGGGCCGACCCGGACCACUUCGCCCAGCGUCAGACCUGCAUGAACGCCUUCAGUCACUGGCUGGGUUUCAUGCCCCUGGUGCACUCCCAGAUGAGGCUGGACCCUGUGCUGUUCAGGGACCAAGUUUCCAUCCUGAGGAAGAAAUACAGGGACAUUGAGAGGCUGUGAAUGCACAGGGAUACACACCGAGUCAUUGUGUGUGUUCGAGAGAGGUCGUGACAAGAAUACACACGGCGAAUGUGAACAUUUGUGAGGCUAUAAAGGAAAACUCACACACGGACACUGGACAUAAAAAAGAUAAAACACUGAGGUACGCAUAAGGCAUUUAACUGCGUAUUUCUAUGAAAAAAAGAAGACAGAUUCUUUAUGCGAGGGUGAUAACAGCGAGUGACUGUGCAUACCCGCCAUCUGUGACAAUACACAUAAAUAUGAAUGCAUGGAUACACAUGCAACAAAGACCUGACCACAGACAUACAGUAUGUGUUGCAUGGUUUGAACAAGACAACUGUACAAGGACCUGAAAACAUAAUGUGUUUGAAUAAAAAAAAAAAAAAAAAAUCUAAGAGCUAUGUUUAUUGUGGAAGUUGGCAGUAAAGGAGUAUACAGUAUAAUGUUGGACAAAAGGUUUAAAGAGAUUUAUGGGUUAUAGAUUGUAUUCAUAAAGUCAAACGACGCACUCUCUGGGUUUAUGUAUGUACAGUAAAAACACAUUGUGGACAAAAGGGACAAAGUGAAGCUUCUGGGUCGGGCCACGUGACAGCUGCUACCCCACAAACACCCAGAGACAGUGGCAACACGCCUCCUGUAUACUAUUGUAGAUUUUCAGCAGCAGUUCCUGUCUGUAUGAAGCAAAUAA